UCAAAAUCACUCUCCAACCCUACAUUAAAUCCCCCAAAAUAAAAAAUUAAAAAUAAUUAAAAAAAUUCCCUACAUUAUUUCUCUAUUCCACCUUCUUUUUCUCAAACCUUUUAUCCAACACACACCACUUACUUCUUAUUAUAAUCUAGAUUUUUAUGGAAUUAUAGUUUGAAAGAUUAACUUGUUUUGAGAUAUGAAAAUGAAAGAAACAACAAGUAAUGCAACCAAGGCCAUUAUUGCCUUGGCUUGGCUUGUUGUGUUUGAAGGUUUCUUGGUUGAAGUUAAUGGCAAUUUCAAUUACAAAGAUGCCCUAACCAAGUCGAUUAUUUUCCUCGAAGCUCAACGUUCGGGAAAACUUCCCAGUAAUAAUAGGGUUCCGUGGAGAGGAGAUUCUGGACUUAAUGAUGGAAAACUCGCUAAUGUUGAUCUUGUUGGAGGAUAUUAUGAUGCAGGAGACAAUGUCAAGUAUGGACUUCCAAUGGCAUUUACAAUAACAACACUUUCAUGGGCUGCUUUGGCUUACAACAAAGAGCUUAAAGCUUCGGGCGAGUUGGAAAAUGUUCAUAAUGCUAUUCGUUGGGGCACUGAUUAUUUUCUCAAAGCAAGUUCCCGACGCAAUCGCUUGUAUGUUCAGGUAGGAGACCCAGUACUGGAUCAUCAAUGUUGGAUGCGACCCGAAAAUAUGGAAACUCCAAGAACAGUAUUGAAGAUUGAUGAGAAUAAAGCAGGGACUGAAAUUGCAGCUGAAACUUCAGCUGCCAUGGCUGCUUCUUCCAUUGUCUUUAGAUCUUUUGACCGUACAUAUGCUCGUCGUCUUCUUAAUAAAGCCAAAUUGCUUUUUCAAUUUGCUAAAUCACACAAAGGAACUUUUGAUGGAGAAUGUCCCUUCUAUUGCUCUUACUCUGGCUACAAUGAUGAGCUAUUGUGGGCUGCAACAUGGCUAUACAUGGCAACAAAGAAGGAAGUGUAUUUAAAGUUCAUACAAGAAGAAUCCAUUAGUGCAAAUGUGGCUGAAUUCAGUUGGGACCUCAAAUAUGCUGGAGCCCAAAUCCUUCUCACCAAUUUGUAUUUAGAAGGACAUGAUAGUUUGGUAGAUUUCAAAAAACAAGCAGAUAGCUAUAUAUGCUCAGUUCUACCACAGAGUCCGUACCACCAAGUUUACCUAUCACCCGGCGGAGCCGUACACAUGAGAGACGGCGCCAACACCCAAUACAUCACCGGCACCGCCCUUCUUUUCAGUGUCUAUAGUGACAUCUUAGCCCGUCACAACCAAAAAGUUCAGUGUGAUAACAUGCAAUUCGAUUCUACUCAAAUUUGGGCUUUUGGUAGGCAACAGAUGGAUUACAUUUUAGGACAGAACCCGGAGAAAAGAUCAUACAUGGUGGCAUUUGGGAGCAACUCGCCAAAGCAAGCGCAUCACAGAGGUUCGUCGGUGCCAAAGUUGCCAUCAGGGUCACUAGUGAAUUGCGCGAUGAGCUUUGUGCAAUGGUAUAAUACCAAUUCCCCCAAUGUCAACGAGCUCACUGGGGCCAUCGUUGGUGGCCCAGACCGCUAUGACAACUUUGACGACAAACGUUGGGAUUCUUCAAAGACCGAACCUUGUACUUACAUUAACUCACUCGCCAUUGGAGUCCUAGCCAAGCUUGCCAAUAACCCUAACUAAUUAUCUAGCUUUUAUCAUCAAAUGAGAUUUUAUUAUUCUUUACAUGUAUGUUUUGAUUUGAUUUGAUUAAUUAAUUAAUUAAUUCUAAUUAUUAAUUAAUCGUGAAAUUUGUUGUAAGUGUGUAAGUUUAACCUCAUCAUCACAAUGAUUCAAUUCUAUUGUCUUUUCAUGUAUUUUAGUGACUUGUAUUUUGUAUCAAAUUAGUACUUUUUGCAAAGUUUUAACCACAAAGUUAUAUAAUGUCAAUAUUAUACUAAUAAAA